AAAAGGUGCGUCUUAUGGAGCAAAAAUAUAGUAUGUCAUUUGAAACACACACACAUACGAAGUCUUAACAAAUGAGCAAAUAUGUCUCUGGUUGCAAAUUAAGAUAGAACAUUAGCUAAAGCAGGUGUUUUUGUAAGUAAGUACUGUAUGCAUUUAAUUUCCUCCUACCCCACUAUCUACAUUUUUGUACUCCACAAAAGUAAAAACUGCAAGGAUCCUCAUUUCACACCAGAAACAGAGCUUUCUAAACUGCUUUACACACUGUGUUUAAGAUGGGGUGGGAGAGAAGCCAAAAAUGCCAAUGGGCUAGCAGAAGCCCCUUUUCUGAGCCAAUAUAGCUCUGUCUCCAAUCCAGAUUUUAGCUGGGAAAACUCUUUCUAGAGAAGGGUACUUGGUAGCUUAAUUCCUUUAGACGGUCUCUUGGCUGCCCUCCCAGCUUGCCUCUAAAUAAAAUAAACUAGCAGCUAGUCAUGAAUUCUCGCUUUUACACAACAUUCUGGCAAUGUAACCAGAUAUUUAACACACACAUACACCCUGGGGCAUGUUUGAAGGGCUUUUUUAAAAAUGUGCAGUUGGUCACAAAUGUGUGGUUUGAUAAAUGGGGGAGGAGGGGAAUUAAAUGUGUUAAGUGUGUGUGCUUAUUAAGUACUUAAAGGCAGGCAAUGUUGGGAAAAGCAUAUACUGUAUACCAAUUGCAUAAGGGCAGAAAGUGUUCAGUUUCCGUACUUAAGACAAUCUGCCCAAACCGUAUAAAAUGCUGCUACCUUCUUUUGGCUGGGGCUGCCACCUCUUCAUCUUCCUCUUCUGUCAGGUAAUAGGCAUUUGCAUCCUUUAAUAGUAAAUACCUUUAAAGUACUCAUUUUUGAAUGUGUCUGCUGGAGUCACUGUAUAGUAAAUAAGAACUACCCUCUCCUGUCGAGAAACUGCCACGGGUAAAGGAAACAAGGAGCAAAGCACACGUCUCUUGGUUUGGCAUUUUUCUUCUAUUUUUAGUGUGGGGUGUCUGACUGGAAAUUUGUGCAGCUGGAAAAUCUGCUUUUAAAAAAUCACUGGCAUAUUUCUGUGGGCAGCUGACAAUCUUACCUGUACUGAUCCAAGGAGUGGAAUAAUCUCUGGCCUCCAUACUCCUAAAUGAGCUGUGGAGAUGGGUUUUAUUUCAGUGGGCCAAUUCAGAAAAAAAAUAGAUUUAAUUUAAAAAGAAAGAUUGAAUUUAUACUGCUUUUGAGUUUUAGUGUGGGCUGUGAUUUAUUUUUGGAUUAUUAUUUAACAAUGCCUGAGGAGUUAUCUUUCUUUUUUUUUUUACUGUUUUUUUUACUGUUUUUUCUUGAUGACUUUAUGGAAAGACGGUGGAAAUUCUAGAAUUAACAAACCAAUUAAUUAGCACUGAGGCGCAAGGACACGACUUCUGCGUAUGUGGCAUAAAAAUCUUGAGGCAGGCAGAGUUUCCACUGGUGCAGCUCCCCCCCCCCCAUAUCAUCAUGUAGGGAGGAGGUGGGAAACAAAUGAGCCAGCUUAAGCCUGCUGAAUAUUCCCCAAGCUCCAGUGUUUGUAAAAUGCUUAAAGAUGUUUUCUUAUUUUUUCAAGAAACAGCCUGGCUGAGAAAAUCAACUCUGCCUUCUUCAGUUGCCAGGUCUGCAAGGGAUGGAUGGAGCCAAGCUAAUCAAGGAUUAAGCCAGCAAGUGGAUACAGCUGGAGGCUGUUUAAACUAUAGGUAUAGCCCACUGUCCACAAGCAGAACAUGAAGGCAGGAAGAAGGGAGUGGCUAUGGGGAGGGAGAGAUUGUGUUGCAAUCUGAGAGAGACAAACUAUAUCCCCCCCCUUCCUAAAGUCAGGAGACAGGAGCAAAGAUCACCCCCUCCUCUAUAUUGGAGUUUCCUAAGGAUAUCCUCCAUGAUGGGACUAGUCCUGGAUAUCUCUUCUCUCUGAAUGCUGCAGAAAAGGUGUUCGUGGCCAACAUGGAUAUGGAGGAGUUGGCUAGAGAGAGCAUCACUCUGUUAGCCAAGCCUACUCUGGAGUCAGGUAGCCCCAAUCUCUCCUCCGCUGGGGCUGUCUUUAUCAUGCUGAAAUCUGCCCUUGGAGCAGGGCUCUUGAAUUUCCCCUGGGCAUUCAAUAAGGCUGGAGGAGUCACCCCGGCUGUCCUUGUGGAGCUGGGUUCCUUGAUAUUCCUGAUUAGCGGCUUGGUGAUUCUGGGUUAUGCUGCCUCCAUCAGCACCCAGACAACGUACCAGGGUGUGGUGAGAGAGAUCUGUGGGGCUGCCAUUGGGAAGCUUUGCGAAGUCUGCUUCAUUCUGAACCUGUUCAUGAUCUCGGUGGCCUUUCUUAGAGUCGUGGGAGACCAGCUAGAAAAAUUGUGUGAUUCUUUCUACCCUAAUGAAACCUUGAGUGGUGGCAUCUCUCGUCAGCAUUGGUUCACAGACCAUCGCUUCACCUUGUCUGCUUUGUGUGCCUUGGUUAUUUUCCCCCUCUCAAUUCCAAGGGAAAUUGGAUUCCAGAAAUACACAAGCAUCCUUGGUACUUUGGCAGCCUGCUACCUGAUGCUUGUCAUUGUAAUAAAAUACUACCUCAGAACCGAUUACGUUGUCAAGCAUGAACAUCGCCGUUCCUCCGGGGUCUCUUCCUGGGCUUCAAUGUUCAGCGUUAUCCCAACAAUCUGCUUUGGAUUUCAGUGUCACGAAGCGUGCAUCACCAUCUACAGCAGCAUGAGUAAUAAGAAGCUCUCCCACUGGAUUGUGGUGUCUGUCAUGUCCAUGCUGUUCUGUUUGCUUAUAUAUUCUCUGACAGGGCUCUAUGGCUAUUUGACAUUUGGUGCUGAUGUUGCUGCUGACAUCCUGAUGUCCUACCCAGGAAAUGAUGUGCUGGUCAUUGUAGCUCGGCUGUUGUUUGGCAUCUCCAUAAUCACCAUCUACCCCAUUGUCCUCCUCUUGGGAAGGUCAGUCCUACAGGACGUCUGCCUGAGUUCCAAGCACAGCUACCUCCUGACAACUGAGCCUUACGAGAAGUGGAUGCGGGUCACUCUCACUACUGCCUGGGUUGUGGUCACGCUGGUCAUUGCUCUCUUUGUGCCGGACAUCAGUGACGUCAUCAGUGUCAUUGGGGGCAUCAGCGCAUUUUUCAUCUUCAUUUUUCCAGGACUGUGUUUGGUGUGUGCAGUGGAGAUGGAGCCUAUCAAGCCAAGGACCAAGUCUUGCUUAAUUACAUGGGGAAUUGUCACCGUCCUUUGUGGAGCCUUCAUCUUUGGACAAAGCACGACGAUCGCUCUCAUGGAACUGUUAUACAAAGUCUAGCCGACCGGUGGAGGCAGUUGUGACGGUAGCAGAUGGUGGCAAACAGAGACUGUCUUGAUACUUGCACAGCCUGAUGGGUAUUUCCAAGUGAUAUGGGCAAGUACUAUGCAGCUUUUACCAGUUGGGCAUAAUUUCAAUAAUAGCCACUUUUUCGCUAUCUAAUAUAGGUAUGUGUUCGUUGUGCUUUUCCAUACAUUGAAUGCCCCCUCCUCUCCCCCUGCGGACUGUUGGAUAGGUAUCGUUUUCUCUAGCAAAUGCUCCUUGGUUGUCUGUUGUAGUGCGGAUUUUCAUUGAUAUUUCAAACCACAGAAAACUGUUGGAUUUCUCCCAAAGCUGCUCGUCGCACAAAGUUACUUAGAUGUAUGCGAAGUACAGAGGACUCUUGAGAAAAUAUUAAGCUUUCCGUAAAAUACAUUCUGCCGCUUCUGCUCUCCAUUUCACUCCUCCUCCUCUUAGGAAUGUUCUUAAAAGGGCUUUGAAUUUCUAGGGUUUUCCCCAACCCACAUCCCCUAAAGGCCCUGGGAAAGAAAUUUAUCUAUUAAGAUAGCAUCCAAAAGUUGUGUGGAUGUGUGAAACAGGGAUUGCUAUUUGUUUAUUUUUCAGUAACUGUCAGGAGCAUUGUUUUCACUUAGUGUGCAUGCUUAAAAUAUAUCACCAAUGUAUAGGUGCUAGAAUGCCAGGUUGUUGAGCUGCACCAUUUUAUACACUGCUGCAAGAGACCUCAGAACAUGUUUAGGAGUCCUUUGUUGCUGAGCCAAGGAAGAUGACAUGGGUGGAGUCAGUGCAGUAUAGUUGGCAGCUGUGGGAGCUGGUUUUGUACAUGAUCCUUCGAGUGGCUCCACUGCCUUAGAUGGUCCAGGUUUUGCCACCCUGGCCCAAACCAGGUACCAGAAGUUUUGAAGUAAAAAAUUGGCCAUUUUGUGUAAACCUGUCUAGAAGAGGCACUCCUGCCCCUUUUAGACUUUGAUGUCUUAUCCUGCAGAAAGGAACUGCUAACUUCUGCUUCUACAGGCAAAGGAGACUUGUAUCUUUUUAAUGUUAGGGUUGGUCUUGCCAAACACCAAUCAACAAAGGCCUGAAAUUGAGGAUGAAUCCCAAACAUUGUGCCAUUGGAGCAAAGGCUGGCUUUGCAUCUCAAAUGUGAAUCUAAAAACUCACCCCCGAAGCUUGGGGCACUUAAUAUAUUUCUCUCUCACUAUGCUACACACUUUCAGAUGGGUAGAGCAUUAAAAGUCACCAUGGUUUCCUUCUCCAUGUACAUGGCUGGGUUGCCUGGAGGGCAGCAGGGUCCAGGACCAGGGCCAGCCAAUGCAUCUUGGAGCCCAAAGUUGUUGUUCCUUCUGUAGUACAGACCCCAUCCAUACUGAGUUCCUCUCCCUUGUUGGCUCAUUUGCUUUCCUCCCUGCAAACCAUGGCAACUGUUGCCAUGCUAUAUAUACUUAAAAACAUUAGAAGAGACUAGCUGGAUUGGAUAGAGGACAAUCUUAGCUAGCAAACUGUUCUCACAAUGGCUAACCAUUGGAAUCUCCUUUCUUGUAACUUGAAUCCAUUGUGUUGGGUCCUACCCUCUGGAACAGGAGAACAAGCUUGCCCCAUCUUUCAUGUGAUAGCCCUUUAGAUAUUUGUUCCUCAUAAGGAUCCGUUGCCCUCCUCUUGUCAAUAGCCUCCUUAGAUUAUGGUGCCCAGAGCUGGACACAGUAUUCCAGGUGUGGUCUAACCAAGGCAGAAUAGAGCGAGACUAUUACUUCCCUUGAU